AUGAGCUUGCUCGACUCCUCAAGUCCCUCCGGAAAUGGAGCAAACGGAGUUGGAACGAGCGCAUUCCCGUCGAUAGAACCAAAGAUACUUGUUGAGUUUUUUGCUUCCGUUCUCGAAAUCACUUUAGGAGCAACCAGGAAUGACCUUCAACAUGCCGACAGUCUCCUUUCCGAAGCCAGAUACUCUGAUACGGCUCUACGAUGCACCAGAUUUGCAUCAGAGUCUCAAACAGCUGUGAUAUAUGUACAGAAAGAUUUAGUUCCACAGGAGCAAGUGGAUUCCCUAGAUGAAUCAGGCUCGAUUUUGUACAACUAUAGUUUGGCUUCCGAUAUAUCCUCCUCUCCUUCAACAACCGCAUCCGUUGCAUUUAUAAAAGGAUCGCAGCCUAUAGACCCUUCGAUACCCAUUUCUUCCCAAAUACAGCUUAUUAAUUUACCUGGCGCAGCAUCACCGAACGAUACCACGAAUGGCCAGGCGGGAGCUUCUGUUUUGCAUUCAUUUGUACAUCUAGCGCUGGCGCCAUAUUUUGAUGCAUAUACCAAAACACAUCAGGCGGGGAGCGGGGGUCGAGGUAGAUUGGAAAUUGAGGCCAAAACCGGAGUUUCUGCUACGAAAAAGAAGCUAGCAGAGCUGGCAUUGGCUUUGCAACAUCUUCAGGAGAAUAUCGAUAUCCCAGAUUUGACACUCCCACUUCACCCCAUGGUGCAGCAUGCACUUGACGAAGCAGCUGCUCGUAAAGGCAAGGCAACUGUAGAUGCCAUCCCAGAGAGACUGAUGCAAGACAGUGCUUUCCUUAACAGCCUGCAAUCUCUAGUAAAUGGGUGGAUCAAGUCUAUACAAGCUAUCACAAAGAUGUCGCGAGAUCCUACGAGCGGAACGGCAUCACAGGAAAUUCAGUUCUGGAUCCAUAUGGAGUCCACACUCGAGAAUAUCGGCGCACAAUUAUGCAGUGAUGGCGUAAUGCUUACCCUGGAGAUACUAAGACAUGCCAAACGUUUUCAGGCCACUCUCAGUUUCACAUCCGAUACUGGCCUGAAAGAGUCGACUGAUAAGGUACAAAAGUACAACCAACUCAUGCGGGAUUUCCCUCUUGAUGAGUUACUUUCGGCAACAUCGUUACAGAAGGUUGGGGAUGCUCUGGGUCUCAUUUUUGGGCACUUGAACAAAAAGCUACGCAUUUGUCCAUAUCCAGUUCGACGUGCCUUGCCACUAGUGGAAUCAAUUUCUGCAGAUCUUGACACUCGCCUCCACUCUUUACUUCACGGCCGCUCCUUGAUGCAUUUGGAGUAUCGUGAUUUCAGAAAGUUGAUGUCUGUCGCUGAUUCAAUCUGGGCCAUCUGGGAUGAUAACUUAAAGGAGUUCACUAAUGUUGCUCGAGAAGUAACACGUCGAAGAAACGAGAAGUUCAUGCCUAUUAAAAUCAUUGGCAAGCAUGCGGAGCUUCAAGCACGUCUAAAGUAUGUGAGCACCUUCAGAGAUAACCACGAGCAAUUGCAGCGAACAAUAGUCAACGUUUUGGCACCCAAAGCCGGCGAAGAUGUACCAGACGGUGCAGCCAAUGGUAUAGUAUUAGUCGAGGAGGUGGGCGACGUUGAUGCUGUCGAGGAAAUUAAGCAAGCCUGGGCUGCAUUGAACAAUGUAGACAUGCUCGAUGUCUCUCUGGAAGGUACACAGUUAUGGAUUGAGGCCGAGGGUACAUAUAAUGAGCGAACAUCGCGUGUUGAGAACUCCAUCAUUGCCCGAUUACGAGAUCGAUUAGCCACUGCCAAGACAGCAAGUGAAAUGUUUCGUGUCUUUUCCAAGUUUAAUGCUCUGUUUGUUCGACCAAAGAUCCGUGGAGCUAUUACUGAAUAUCAAACACAACUUAUUGACAACGUCAAACAUGAUAUAUCCUCCUUGCAUGAGCGGUUUAAGCAGCAGUAUGGCCACUCCGAAGCUCACGCUAUGGCGCAGCUGAGAGACUUACCUCCGGUUUCGGGGGCGAUCAUUUGGGCUCGUCAAAUUGAGAAACAACUCAACGGAUACAUGAAAAAAGUCGAGGACGUACUUGGUACCGAUUGGGCACUUCAUGCUGAAGGACAAAAGCUUCUCAGUGAUAGUAAUCUUUUCCGGAACAAGUUGGACACUCGGCCCAUUUUUGAAGCCUGGCUCCAUGAUGUGCAGCGGAAGCACGUUACCAUCUCUGGCAGGCUUUUCAACAUAAACAAGAUCCGUGCAGCAAACAAUGCUUUAGAGUUAGCCGUCAAUUUCGACCAUCAGGUUAUCGCACUGUUUAAAGAAACACGGAACUUACUGUGGUUGAACUACCCUGUUCCUCAUCAGAUCAACAAUAUAUCAAAGGACGCAAAGCGUGUAUAUCCUUACGCCGUCAGUCUAAUGGAAACUGUUCGGACGUUCACACAAACCAGCCGGCAAAUAGCUGAAAUGGCUGAUGUUCAAAUACUUCUAAGCGGAUAUCAGAACGAAGUUCAAGCCUUGAUUGCUCGUGGUGUUUCUUUGAAAUGGGAGUCAUUCGUGCACUCAUACGAUAUCCAUAUUAAACCCACGUACACGAAGGGCUCAAUUGAACCUGCUAUUGCCAAUCGGACUGAGAGUAAGCAUGUGCAGUUCGUACGUGAAAUUGCUGCAUCAGUCGCCUUAUUGCAAAGCAAGACGGAGACACUCGCUUCUAUAAAUGCGACAAUCCAAAAGACCUUAGCAGAGCUAGAUAAGUGUCCAUAUGAGAUAGCUGCAUUCCAGGCCCGUUUGGAAACGAUCCAGAUGGCAGUUGAUCAAUUAAACCUCGAGAAUUAUGUCAACUUGCCCUACUGGGUCAGAGAAAUGAACGAUCGUAUCAAGGUCACUCUUCUGAGGCGUCUACAACAGGCAAUAGAAGUGUGGAUUGAUGUUUUUGAAAAUGAACGAUCUGAUGGCGUUAAUGAUGAUAGUCGCAGAAAACACUUCAGUAUAUUGACAGAGUCUCCGCCUGAGAACAAACCUUCUAUGAAACGCCUAGUUCAUGAGAUAUCCAUGCGAAAUCAAGUCAUCUAUUUGGAUCCGCCUUUAGAAUAUGCCAGAGCCAGCUGGUUUUCUCAAUUACAUGAGUGGCUUGGAGUCGUAUGCCAUCUUCGCAAGAUCAAAGCUUCUCGAUAUGUCAUGACCCUAGGAACUACUAACGACCCGGAAGAGCUGUUUACCGACCUCCCACGAGACUGCGCGGAUGAACUUCUUAGAGCGUACACUUGCGUUGAAGCAAAACUGCACGAUAUUAGCCUCUACGUUGACAAAUGGCUACAAUUCCAAUCACUAUGGGAUCUGCAGUCCGAUCUCGUGUAUGAAACCUUGGGUGAACAACUAUCAAAGUGGCUCCAGCUUUUGCAAGAGAUCAGAAAGACUCGCUCUACUUUCGACACAACUGAAGUGAGUCGAUCGUUUGGACACCUGACCAUUGACUACGACCAAGUCCAAACAAAGGUCAAUGCCAAGUAUGACCAGUGGCAACAUGAAAUCCUGAUCAAAUUUGGGAGUCGUCUUGGAAAUCGUGUUCGUGAAGUUUAUGCUGAGUUUGAAAAAGCAAGACGUGAUCUUGAAGUGCAGUCCUUGGAAGCAUCUACGGCGCAAGCUGUUCAAUUCAUCACCAUCGUGCAGACUUGCAAGCGGAAGGUAAAAGCAUGGGGCCCAGAGGUCGAAACUUUCAGGCAAGGACAAACGACACUUGUUCGACAAAGAUAUCAAUUUCCUGUGGACUGGUUGGGAGUUGAGCAAAUUGACUCGGAAUGGACUUCACUUAAUGAAAUCCUAGCUCGGAAGGCUAAAAUUGUGGAGGACCAGACUGACGCGUUACGUGCCAAGAUCACUGCAGAAGACCGGGUUGUGGGAGAUAAGAUCGCAGAGAUCACUAGCCAGUGGAACGAAGAAAAACCUGUUUCUGGUACUAUUGCCCCAGAUGUGGCGUCCGCAACUCUCACAUCUUUCGAAAGCCGCAUUACAAAGUUGCACGAGGAGUCGGAGAUGGUUGGUCGUGCAAAAGAGGCUUUAGACCUUCCAGCAACUGCAGAUACAGCGCUUGUGGCUAUUCUUGAAGAAGUUCAAGACUUCAAGUCUGUGUGGGCUGCUUUGUCCACGAUAUGGAAAAGCCUCAACGACCUCCGCGAUAUGCUAUGGACUAGCGUUCAACCCCGGAAAUUACGCUCUGCGAUUGAUGGCCUCAUCAAGAUGACCAAAGAAAUGCCUAGUCGAAUGAGACAAUAUGCUGCAUUUGAGCACAUCCAAAAUGUCCUCAGACAGUUCUUGAAAGUUAAUCCCGUGGUCACAGAUCUGAAGUCUGAGGCUGUAAGAGACCGUCAUUGGAACAAGAUCUUCAAGAAUUUGAAGCCCGGAAAGCGCUAUUCUCCUAUAUCUAUGACACUUGGAGAUGUGUGGGAUCUCAAUCUUUUCUCCACCGAGAAGAUUAUUCGGGAUAUCAUUGCACAAGCCCAAGGUGAAAUGGCUUUGGAGGAGUUUUUGAAGCAGGUUCGCGAGGAUUGGUCCAACUACUCACUUGAUCUUGUGAACUACCAGAACAAGUGCCGCCUUAUUCGUGGUUGGGAUGAUUUGUUCGCAAAAUGCAGCGAAAAUCUGAACUCUCUACAGGCAAUGAAGAACUCACCUUAUUACAAGGAAUUUGAGGAAGAAGCUGCGUCGUGGGAAGAUAAACUCAAUCGCGUACACGUACUUUUCGACGUCUGGAUUGAUGUCCAGCGCCAAUGGGUUUACCUCGAAGGCGUUUUCACUGGGAAUGCAGAUAUCAAGCAUCUCCUACCAAUCGAGUCAUCAAGAUUUCAAAACAUCAACUCCGAAUUCUUCGCAGUAAUGAAAAAGGUCUAUAAACAGCCGUUUGUGUUGGAUGUGCUCAACAUAUCAGGUGUUCAAAAAUCAUUAGAACGUCUCGCCGAGCUUCUUAACAAGAUCCAGAAAGCUCUUGGUGAGUACCUUGAGAGAGAGCGUGUGUCGUUUCCAAGAUUUUAUUUCGUCGGUGAUGAGGAUCUCCUUGAAAUCAUCGGUAAUAGCAACGAUACACUGCGCAUCGCCAAACACUUCAAGAAAAUGUUUGCCGGCUUAUCUGGUCUAAUUAUGGAUGAAGAACAUGUUAUUUCAGGAUUUACUUCAAAAGAGGGUGAAGAGGUUCGACUCAAGAAGGAGAUCUCUUUAAUCAAGACUCCAAAAAUUAAUGAUUGGUUAACACUGCUUGAAAACAGCAUGAAGUCAACUCUCGCCGAACUGCUUGCUGAUGCUGUCGAGCAAUACGAAGCAAUAUUCACUGCUGAUGAUGUGGACCAAGAAGCUCUAAACCAAUACAUUUCUGCGUUUCCAAGUCAGAUAGUUGUAUUGGGUACACAAGCUGUUUGGACUUCAUGUGUAGAGAAGGCUCUUGAAAAUGAAGGCGCUGACCUACAAAAGUUGUUCGAGCAGGAAGUCAAAGUACUUCGCCUCCUUGCAUCUACUGUUCUAGGCGAUCUCGACCCAAUUCAGAGAAAACGAUGCGAACAUCUCAUCACUGAGUGUGUCCACCAACGAGACGUCAUUGAAAAGUUACGUAACCUCAAUGCAAGCACACCUAAUCAUUACAUGUGGCUUCUGCAAAUGAGAUAUGUCUACAAACCAGAGGGCGACUUUCUGCAACGUCUUUACAUCAAAAUGGCGAACGCGAAGCUCAACUAUGGUUUUGAAUAUCUGGGUGUAGCAGAGCGUCUUGUUCGAACUCCAUUGACGGAUCGAUGUUUUUUGACGCUUACGCAAGCUCUUUGCCAACGCCUUGGUGGCUCACCUUAUGGUCCAGCAGGUACAGGUAAGACCGAGUCCGUGAAAGCUCUGGGUGUUCAGUUAGGUCGUUUUACACUAGUGUUCUGUUGCGACGACACUUUCGACUUCCAGGCCAUGGGCCGCAUCUUCCUUGGUCUUUGCCAGGUUGGUGCUUGGGGUUGUUUUGAUGAAUUUAAUCGACUUGAGGAGCGUAUCUUAUCUGCUGUUUCCCAACAAGUUCAGAAUAUCCAACUCGGUUUGAAACAAGGCGUGGAGGACGAGAAGGCUCAAAUUGAAUUGGUUGGUAGACAAUUGCAUGUGGACGCCAACACUGGACUUUUUAUCACGAUGAAUCCAGGUUAUGCUGGUAGAUCAAACUUGCCAGACAAUUUGAAGAAAUUGUUCCGAAGUGUUGCCAUGUCCAAGCCCGACAAAGAGCUUAUCGCUGAAGUCAUGUUGUACUCACAAGGAUUCAAUCAAGCUAAACAGCUUGCCAAGCAGACUGUACCGUUUUUUGAUAGCUGUGCUGCGCGACUCUCCAAGCAAGCUCACUAUGACUUUGGUCUGCGUGCCUUAAAGAGUGUGCUUGUCAGCUCUGGUGGGCUCAAACGUGCUCGUUUAACCAAUUCCGACGGCAACCUCGGACCAGAGGAGGAGGUGGAACCACAAAUUAUUGUCCAGAGUCUUCGCGAGACAAUUGCCCCCAAAUUAAUCAAGAGCGACGUAGAGAUCAUGAGAGCCAUCGAAGAAGAGUCAUUCCCCGGCGUUGAAUACGUUCCCGCUAGCUUGAACGACCUUCAGAAUGCUGUCAAGAACCUCGCAAAGGAAAAGAACUUGGUAGUCAACGAUACCUGGAUGACCAAAAUCCUUCAGCUUUACCAGAUUCAAGGUAUUCAUCAUGGUGUGAUGAUGGUCGGAAAUUCUGGUUCUGGAAAAUCGGUGGCUUGGAAGAUCCUUCUACAAGCUCUACAGCAGGUUGAGGGCGUCGAAGGUGUAUGCCAUAUUAUAGAUUCGAAAGUCAUGUCAAAAGAAGCACUCUACGGUAAUCUCGACUCAACUACUCGUGAAUGGACCGAUGGUCUAUUUACAAGCAUUCUCCGAAAGAUCGUGGAUAAUUUACGUGGCGAGGAGUCAAAGAGACAUUGGAUUGUGUUUGAUGGUGAUGUAGAUCCCGAAUGGGUCGAGAACUUGAACAGUGUUCUGGAUGAUAACAAACUCCUCACCUUACCAAAUGGUGAACGUCUCAAUCUUCCUGGAAACGUGAGGAUCAUGUUCGAAGUUGAAACUUUGAAGUACGCUACGCUGGCAACUGUGAGUCGUUGUGGUAUGGUCUGGUUUAGUGAGGAUACUGUCACUCCCAACAUGAUGGUUACCAACUAUUUGGAAAGUUUGAGGUCCACUGCGUUCGAAGAUCUAGAUGAGGAUGCCGUUGCAACAGGACAAAGUGCUGCCCAAGCGUUGGAGAUUCAAUCUCAUGUGGCGGACCUUCUUCAAACUUUCCUUACCACAGAAGAUUUCAUCAUUAGCGCCUUAGAGCGUGCCGAAGGAUUCAAUCACAUUAUGGACUACACUAUCGCUCGUGUAUUAAAUACGCUUUUCUCGCUCCUGAACAAGGCCGUACGAGACAUCAUCGAGUAUAAUUCUCAACAUGUUGACUUCCCACUUGACCCAGAUCAAGUCGAGUCCUUCAUCGCCAAAAAGCUCCUCCUCGCGCUUGUUUGGUCGUUGACUGGUGAUUGUCCAUUGGGAGAUCGUAAGAGCUUCGGAGAUUGUCUCGCUGGACUGGCCACCUUUGGAAACCCCAUAUUGGGCGAUAAUUCUUCUCUCAUCGAUUUUGAUGUGACCCUACCCCAAGCUGAGUGGUCUUCAUGGCAAAACCAAGUACCCAGUAUUGAAGUUAACACGCACUCCAUCACGCAAACUGAUGUGGUUAUUCCUACGCUCGACACUGUGCGUCACGAAGACGUACUGUACUCCUGGCUGGCAGAGCACAAGCCCUUACUACUGUGCGGUCCUCCUGGUUCCGGAAAGACGAUGACUCUCUUUAGUGCUCUACGCAAACUUCCUAACAUGGAAGUAGUUGGUCUGAAUUUCUCUAGUGCGACCACACCAGAUCUACUGAUUAAGACAUUUGAGCAAUAUUGUGAGUAUAAGAAAACUGUAAACGGUGUCAUGCUCUCGCCCACUCAAAUUGGCCGUUGGCUUGUGCUUUUCUGUGACGAAAUCAAUUUGCCAGCCCCAGAUAAGUAUGGUACACAGAGAGCCAUUUCCUUCUUGCGUCAGCUAGUGGAGCAAAACGGAUUCUGGCGCACGUCCGAUAAGAGCUGGGUUACGCUUGAUCGCAUUCAAUUUGUGGGUGCCUGCAACCCUCCAACGGAUGCUGGUCGAACACCUAUGGGAGCCCGAUUCUUACGGCACGCUCCACUCAUCAUGGUUGAUUAUCCAGGAGAGCUAUCUCUCCAACAGAUUUACGGCACUUUCAAUAACGCUAUUCUCAAGAUUAUUCCCGCCUUGAGAGGCUACUCUGAAGCAUUGACGAAAGCUAUGGUCAGAUUUUACACUGAAUCGCAGCAACGCUUCACUCCUAAAAUUCAACCCCAUUACGUUUACAGUCCUCGUGAGCUUACCCGAUGGGUUCGUGGUAUCUAUGAAGCCAUUCGACCACUCGAGACACUCAGUAUUGAAGGUCUGGUAAGGAUCUGGGCUCAUGAAGCUCUGAGAUUAUUUCAAGAUCGUCUCGUGGCUGAAGAUGAGCGUAAAUGGACUGAUGAUGCCGUGCACCGCAUUGCAACCGACUUUUUUCCUACCAUCGAUGAAGACAAAGCUCUUGGCGGACCAAUUCUUUUCUCCAACUGGCUCUCCAAGAACUAUGUUCCAGUCGACAGGGAGCAAUUGAGAGAUUUCGUCAAGGCUCGUUUGAAGACUUUCUGUGAAGAAGAAGUCGACGUUCCACUUAUUCUAUUCAAUGAUGUUCUAGAGCACGUGCUACGUAUCGAUCGCGUAUUCAGACAACCGCAAGGUCAUCUGAUACUUAUUGGAGUCAGUGGAAGUGGUAAAACAACGUUGUCUCGAUUUGUUGCCUGGAUGAAUGGUCUCAGAGUAUUCCAAAUCAAGGUUCAUGGUAAAUAUUCUGCUGAGGACUUUGAUGACGAUCUACGUGAUGUCCUACGCCGAUGUGGCUGUAAGGGGGAGAAGGUUUGUUUCAUUAUGGACGAAUCAAAUGUUCUCGACUCUGGAUUCUUGGAGAGAAUGAACACUCUCUUGGCGAAUGCCGAAGUCCCUGGUCUCUUCGAAGGUGACGAAUUUGCAUCAUUAAUGACAGCCUGCAAAGAAGGUGCUCAACGUCAAGGACUCCUGUUGGAUUCACAGGAAGAACUCUACAAAUGGUUCACUGGACAAAUUGUGAAGAAUCUGCAUGUCGUCUUCACCAUGAACCCUCCUGAAGAUGGCUUGUCUUCCAAGGCUGCAACUAGUCCUGCGCUUUUCAACCGUUGCGUACUGAAUUGGUUCGGAGAUUGGUCUGAUCAAGCAUUGUUCCAAGUAGGCACGGAGUUAACUCAAUCUGUUGACCUUGAUCGACCAAACUUCACUGCACCUGACAGCAUCCCUGUGGCAUAUCGAGACCUCAGCCUGCCAGCAAACCAUAGGGAGACGAUAAUCAAUUCAAUGGUAUACAUUCAUUACUCACUACAACGCUUCAACGUCAAAUUGUUGAAGCAGCAAGGCAAAAUAACAUUCCUCACACCUAGACACUUCUUGGACUUCGUGGCCCAAUACGUCAAGCUGUACACGGAGAAACGAGACGAUCUCGAGGAACAGCAAAGACAUUUGAACGUCGGCUUAGAAAAGCUUAGAGAUACCGUCGACAAAGUACGUGAUCUUAGGGUCAGCUUGGCAGAUAAGAAAGGUCAAUUGGAGCGUAAGGAUGCAGAAGCCAACGAAAAGCUGCAGCGCAUGGUAGCAGAUCAAAGGGAGGCCGAACAACGCAAAACCACUUCACUCGAAAUUCAAGCUGCUCUUGAAAUACAGGAGAAAGUAGUCGCAGAACGUCGCGAGAUUGUACUCAGCGAUUUGGCCAACGCCGAGCCCGCUGUUAUCGAGGCCCAAAAGAGUGUCAGUAACAUCAAGCGACAACAUUUGACUGAAGUUCGUUCUAUGGGUAAUCCCCCUCAGGGUGUCAAACUUGCUCUAGACUCAGUCUGUACGCUCCUUGGUCAUAAGAUUGAAAGCUGGAAGACAGUACAGGGUAUUAUUAGGAAAGAUGAUUUUAUUGCAAGUAUUGUUAAUUAUGACAAUGAGAGGCAGAUGACAAAGAAUCUUCGUAUAAAGAUGCGCAACGAGUUCCUUUCAAACGAUGACUUUACUUAUGAAAAGGUCAAUCGUGCCAGUAAAGCUUGCGGACCGCUUGUUCAAUGGGUUCAGGCUCAAGUCAACUACUCUGAGAUUCUCGACCGCGUAGGGCCGUUGAGAGAAGAGGUUGGGCUGCUCGAGGAGCAAGCUCUACAAACUAAAGCCGAGGCCCAAGCCGUGGAGAACACCAUCAAUACAUUGGAACAAAGUAUUGCAACUUACAAGACAGAAUACGCAGCUCUCAUCAGUGAGACACAGGCUAUCAAGUCUGAAAUGUCAAAGGUUCAAUUUAAGGUCGAUCGUAGUGUUCGACUUCUCGACAGUCUAUCCUCUGAAAGAACACGUUGGGAAGAAGGAAGCAAAUCGUUCGAGACACAAAUUAGCACACUAGUGGGUGAUGUCCUUGUUGCGGCCGCUUUCCUUGCAUACAGUGGUCUCUAUGAUCAACAAUACCGAAAGAAUAUGAUGGAAGAUUGGCUACAUCAACUCCAUUUGUCCGGAGUCAAUUAUAAGCAACAUAAUCCAGUCACGGAAUAUCUCUCAAGUGCCGAUGAGCGACUGGGAUGGCAACAAGAUACUCUGCCAGUGGACGAUCUUUGCACCGAAAACGCAAUCAUAUUGAAACGAUUCAACAGAUACCCAUUGAUUAUUGAUCCUUCUGGUCGCGCGACGGAAUUCUUACAAAAGCAGAGCAAGGAAAGAAAGCUUACAGUCACGAGUUUCUUGGAUGAUUCCUUCACCAAGCAACUAGAAAGUUCUCUUCGUUUCGGAAAUCCAAUUCUUAUCCAAGACGCCGAAUACCUGGACCCGAUCCUUAACCACGUUCUCAACAAAGAGUAUCAAAAGACUGGUGGCCGUGUUCUCAUCCAGCUCGGUAAACAGGAAAUUGACUUUUCACCCGCAUUCAAGAUAUACCUUUCCACUAGAGAUCCAUCUGCAACAUUCGCACCGGACAUUUGCAGUCGCACAACAUUUGUCAACUUCACAGUCACGCAGAGCAGUUUGCAAACACAGUCACUUAAUGACGUUCUCAAAUCUGAGCGACCUGACGUGGACGAGAGGCGUUCAAACCUCAUCAAACUACAGGGCGAAUUCAAGGUACAUCUUAGACAGCUCGAGAAACGCUUGUUACAAGCUUUGAAUGAAUCACGUGGUAACAUUCUUGAUGAUGACAACGUCAUUGAAACUCUAGAGACUUUAAAGAAAGAAGCUGCAGAGAUCUCGGUGAAGAUGGGUAACACUGAAGGUGUAAUGGCCGAGGUGGACGAAAUUACCUUACAGUACAACAUCAUCGCACGCUCUUGCAGUGCCAUUUUCGCCGUUCUUGAACAAUUACACUAUCUUAACCAUUUCUAUCAAUUCUCUCUACAAUACUUCCUCGACAUAUUCCAUUCUGUGCUGAAGGGCAAUAAGCGACUAGAGUCAGAGACAAACCACGAUAGACGCCGCGAUAUUAUCGUUGAAGAUUUGUUCGUCACCGCCUACCAACGUACAUCCCUUGGAUUGCUACAGAAAGAUAAGAUAACUUUAGCAAUGCUUCUCGCUCAAGCAGCUCCAUAUAAGAUGGACAAGAGCCUUAUUGAUGUUAUUCUGGAUGAAAGUGUGGUGGGCACCGAUCUAUCUACGGAUGGUGAUAAGAAGGAUGAAGUCAUGAGCAAUGCGGUCAAACUUGUCGCAUUCACGGGCAAACUUGAGGGCGUUUCCUCUGAAUCUUGGGAUCGCUUCUUAUCCGAAGAGUUGGCAGAGAACUUUGUUCCUGAAGUCUGGGAUAAUACUGUUGAGAAGAGAGACCGAGAGCUUAUUUCCUUGCUGCUUAUCAAACUUUUCCGUCUAGAUCGAUUUGUUCCUGCCGCUGAACGAUUUGUCACUGCAGUAUUUGGCUCGAGUCUUCUCGAUGUCACUGAAGACCUAAAGCAAAUUGUUGAACAAGUAUCUGCAAGCCGCCCUGUAGCGCUCUGCUCGAGCCCUGGUUUCGAUGCAAGUUAUAAAGUCGAGAACCUCGUGGAACAAUCACGAGCCGCAUGUACCAAUAUUGCUAUGGGUUCGAAUGAAGGAUUGGCGACUGCGGAUAAGGCGAUUAGUAAUGCAGCUGCCACCGGGUCCUGGGUCCUUGUCAAGAACGUUCAUUUGGCACCGACCUGGCUACAAAGUCUGGAAAAACGUAUGGAUUCGCUCAAACCUCAUGCAAACUUUAGAUUGUUUUUGUCAAUGGAAUCUAGUCCUAAGAUUCCUGUCAAUUUGUUGCGAGCAUCCAGAGUGUUGAUGUACGAGCAACCAGCUGGUGUGAGAGCCAACAUGAAGGAUUCCAUGGCAUCGCUCUCUACCAGAGGUACCAAGACUCCUGUAGAGAGAACUAGAUUGUAUCUUCUCUUAUCUUUCUUGCAUGCUGUUGUACAAGAACGUUUACGAUACGCUCCCACCCUUGGAUGGAAGGGUUUCUGGGAGUUCAAUGAUAGUGAUUAUGAAUGCUCUGCGUACAUCAUUGACACUUGGGUGGAAACGGUAGCUGCGGGACGGUCGAACGUAGCUCCACAAAACCUCCCUUGGGAUAUGCUUCGUACACUGAUCGUUGAGACAUACGGUGGUAAAAUUGACGACGAAGAAGAUUUCGCCCGUCUUACACAACUCGUUCACUCCUUCAUGACUCCAGCCGCCUACGACAUCGGUCAUAAAUUGGUCGAAGGUAUUGCAGGUGAUGAGUCCGAAACUGGAAGCUUGGUCGUGCCAAGCGGAACAACAAUGAAGGAUUUCACGGACUGGGUUAAGAAGUUGCCCGAGCGUGAACCACCUACCUACUUGGGUCUACCAGCUAAUGCGGAGAAAUUGUUGUUGGUGGGACAGGGUCGUAGCAUGAUACAAAAUCUAGGCAAGAUUACUGAAAUAUUGGAUGAGGGUGAACAGAUCAUGGCGGAAGCUGCUUGA